ACUACGAGGACCCCCACAAGACGCCGGCGUCGCCCGUGGUUCACAUCCGCGGCCUCAUCGACGGCAUCGUGGAGGCUGACCUGGUGGAGGCGCUGCAGGAGUUCGGGCCCAUCAGCUACGUGGUGGUGAUGCCAAAGAAGCGUCAGGCCCUGGUGGAGUUCGAGGACAUCCUGGGCGCCUGCAACGCCGUCAACUACGCGGCUGACAACCAGAUCUACUUCGCCGGCCACCCCGCCUUCGUCAACUACUCCACCAGCCAGAAGAUCUCGCGGCCCGGGGACAGCGACGACGCGCGCGGCGUCAACAACGUGCUGCUCUUCACCAUCCUCAACCCCAUCUACUCCAUCACCACGGACGUGCUCUACACCAUCUGCAACCCCUGCGGGCCGGUGCAGCGCAUCGUCAUCUUCCGCAAGAACGGCGUGCAGGCCAUGGUGGAGUUCGACUCGGUGCAGAGCGCGCAGCGCGCCAAGGCCUCGCUCAACGGCGCCGACAUCUACUCGGGCUGCUGCACCCUCAAGAUCGAGUACGCCAAGCCCCCGCCGCCGCCCCCCGACUACGGCCCCCACGCCGACUCGCCCGUGCUCAUGGUGUACGGGCUGGACCAGGCCAAGAUGAACUGCGACCGCGUCUUCAACGUCUUCUGCCUCUAUGGGAAUGUUGAGAAGGUGAAGUUCAUGAAGAGCAAGCCGGGCGCGGUCACUGUGUCUCACCUGUCGCAGUCCCUGUCUCACCUGUCUCACUUGUCCCUCACCUGUCUCACCUGUCCCUGUCCCACCUGCGCAGGUGAAGUUCAUGAAGAGCAAGCCAGGCACGGCCGUUGUCUCUCACCUGUCCCACCAUUUUUUCCCCAUUUCACCCCGUUUUCCCCAUUUCCCCCCAGUGUCUCCAAGCAGCACGCCAUCAUGCCGGGCCAGUCCUACGGGCUGGAGGACGGCUCGUGCAGCUACAAGGAUUUCAGCGGCUCGCGCAACAAUCGCUUCUCCACGCCCGAGCAGGCGGCCAAGAACCGCAUCCAGCACCCCAGCAACGUGCUGCACUUCUUCAACGCGCCGCUCGACGUCACCGAGGACAACUUCUACGAGGUGGGCUGCCUUCGGCCUCGGCGCCGUCCUCAGCAUCCUCACCAUCCUCCCCUUCAUCUUCAUCCUCAUCCUCAGCCUCCCCUUCAUCACCUGUACCCCUGA